CGGAAUACGUAAGGCAACAUCACCGAUGGAAACUGUAACAAUACAGGAGGAGAUCUCCACUUUUUCUGAGACUGACUCCAUUCCCUCUGAUGUUUUAGUACAGAGGCAGCUCCAGGACAUCAUUCUUACUCAAAAGUCAGUCAUAGAAAGACUCAGCGAAGACGUUUCACUGCAGGAGACAUCACUUAGAGAAAGUUUUCUGUCUAGAGAUACAUAUGAAGAGGACCUUCGAAAACUUGAGCGAUCUGUUCAAGAAGAUUAUGUACCCAAAGAAGACUAUAUACAACUAGAAUCUCAAAUAGAGGAAGAGAGAAAAGAGCACGCCAAAACUCGGACAGAACUCAGUGAAGUCACAGAUCGACUGGAAUUUGCUCUGGGAGAAAUUGAAAUUUUAACCAAACAGUUGGCAAGGGAAAAAGAGGCAUUCCAAAGAGCAUUUGGUGAUGUAAGAUCACAAGCCAUGAAGGAAACAUCAAAGAACAUCAAAUUAGAAUCAAAAUGUUCAGAAAUAAGUAAAAAGGUGGAACAUCAAGAACAAGAUUUAAACAAGAAGAAAGAGGCGUUACAGAAACUAGAAAAAAAGAUACGAGAAAAAGAAAUCGAGCACAAAAAGCAGCUAACGGAAGUGGAGAUCGAGAAAAAACACGAGCAGUAUAUCAGCCGAUUAAUGGAGGAACAAGACCAGAAAAAGAAAACUCGAGAUCGCCUGCUCGCUGUCCCCAAAACCAAGAGAUGAUGACUCUCAGCUCAUACUACUUAAAAUCAAAAGAAGACAGUAAAGGGGUAUAUCCUAGUCCGUCCACAACAAAUCACUGCUAUACAAUGAGUUGCAGUGAAAAUGUAUAUGUUUCAAAGUAAAUUAUUUAUUUACUUUAUUAUUUGCCUGUAGGUAAAAAAUGGUAUUUAGCAGGAUUCAUAUAGAUUUAUAAUGGUUUUUUGACAUACAUAUUACUUUGUAAUGUCAUAUACAUUAGUUUAUGUACAAUAAGUCACCAGGUUCUUGUAAAUAUGUACCAAAUAUAAAAUAAGUAAAUUCCAGAGAUUGUUGUCAUCUUAACAUAUAUAUAUAUAUGCAACAGAUACUGGAUACGUGAUAUUAUAAAAGGCUGCCAUAUUAA